AUUUCUGUUUGUAAACAAGUGACCGCAUUUAAAAUAAUCUCAAUUUUACAUUAUAAUUAACGAAGAUAUUAAACAAUGAGAUGGGUUAAAUACUGUAUAGUUCUUCUAAUAAUACCAUUUGGAUCAGUUUUAUGUGAAAUAUUGACCGGAAGUGCUUUAAUUGGGCUGUCGGUACUAGGAUAUAAAUAUUCUGAUAAAAUUUAUUUAAAUACGUACUGUAAGAAAUAUGAAUGCUGUCAUCCGGAAUUGAUACCUCAUAAUCUACUAGCACUACAAGAUAAACUGGAUUCAAAGCUAUUUGGACAGCACAUAAUCCAGGAAAAGUUAUUUAAAGCGAUUGCGUCACAUUUUGAAACAAUUGAAAAGUCUAAGAAACCACUAGUCAUGACAUUCCAUGGAUCACAAGGAACGGGAAAGAAUUAUGUAGCAACAAUGAUCGCCGAAGCUUUAUUUGAAAAAGGCGUAGAUAGCAAAUAUUUUCAUCUAUUUCAUGGAUCACAAUUUGAAAAUCAAGAUAGAACGAUGGAGCACAAAGAAGCAAUAAGGAACGAAAUAUAUGAAGGAGUGGGUAAAUGUCCAUAUUCAGUCUUUGUGUUUGAUGAAGUUGAUAAAAUGAUACCUGGAGUGUUUGACAGCAUUACUGCUUUACUGGACCAUCACUCUUUAAUUAAAGGAAAGGAUUUUAAAAAGUCAAUCUUUUUGUUCCUUACAAAUCAUGGAGGGGAAGAAAUGACAUUCGUUUUACACCAAUUAACAGCCAAAAAAGGAUUGUUCAGACACGAGACAAAACUUCAUCAUUUUGAGGAAAUUAUGAAACUUGGAGUUUAUAAUAAGGAAGGAGGACUAAAAGACAGUAAUUUGAUUAAGUCAGCAGUCAUAGAUUUUUAUUUCCCAUUCUUACCACUUGAAGAAUCGCACAUAGCUCAAUGUAUCAUUGAAGAAUUCAGGUUUUGUGGCAAGAAUGAAGUUACUCAAGAAAUGAUUGAUGAAAUUAUGAAGCAACUGGGCUUUAAUACCAUUACAAAGUACGCGCAUGCAGGCUGUAAGCAGAUUUAUAACAAAGUUCAAACUGAAUGCUAUUUCUGAAAAUAAAAGUCAC